UGGGAACCUGUAGACAAAAUGGUGUUUGUGCGUCCGUCCAGCAGAGUGAGCAUGUGUGGGCAUAAGUGGAGAAGAGAGGGGAAGGAAAAAAAAAAAAGAGAGAGAAGCAAUUAAACAGAUGGCAAUAAAUCAACACACUCUCACCUCUUAUAAGUCUGCUUGUGUGUAUAUUUUUUACAGCAUAUGUAUUUAUGAAGUUCAGCAGCCAUAUGAGAAAUUAGCCUCUGUAUUCACCGGGGUCCUCCCACCCCUCUGUCUUGUUCUCUAAUCCGCCCACAUGUAUCGUCUGAGAUAUAUAUAUAUAAAAAAAUAGUGCAGGAGGUGACGCUCCUCCAAAGGAACAGAGAGAGGCACAGAGAGGGAAAGGCAAAGAGAGAGGGGUGUCUACAGGCUGCAUCUCCAUUGAAACAUUUGGAAAGGGGAGACAGAGGAAGAGCUGAAUGGUAGCUACACCCUGCGCCUGGAAGCGUAGAGACACUGUAACAAAGGCUGGCAUUUAUUUUUUUUUGGCAAUAACAAAGAGGUGGGAGAGGGGCUCUGAAAUCGAGAGAAAUAGCACAAAAAAAAAAAAAAAGGUUUUCAGGGGGACCUCUGCUUCAUUUCAUCCGAAAGACUCAUCCCUUUGCCAUCAUCAGCAUGACCAUAAGCUAUAAGUAACAUUCGGCAAUAACGCUGUCAAAACGAGAUUUUCAGCAACAGACGCGCGCAAUCCUUUAUUUUGAUUUAUUAUUAUAAUCGUUUGGGGGGAGAAACAAAAAACAACAACAACAACAAAAAAAAGAGAUCAUCUGAAUGCCUGCGAGAAAACUGGAUACUCUCUGAAAUCAUAAGAAAGAGCGAUCUAACAAAGAAAACUACAUUUUGAUUGAUCCUUUAAUCUUGAUGUGCGUGUUUCCGCACGCACUCGAAACGAACCUGAGCCAAAAGCAAACUCCUCAGACUCCUCCCUCCUCCUCCCUUCGGUUUCUCUCAUCCUCUCCCUCCCCCCCGGUCCUCUAUGCUCAGUUCGGUGUGUGUAUCCUCUUUCAAAGGGCGCAAGGGUGGGAACAAGUCGUCCAACAAAGCAUGUUACAGCGCAGACAUGACUUGUCCGUCGGAAAGCGAGAAAAUCGUGAUAAACUGCGGGGGGGUGCGGCAUGAGACCUACCGGAGCACCCUAAAAACGUUGCCCGGUACCCGCUUAUCGUGGCUCACCGAGCCCGACGCGUUCAGCAACUUCGACUACGACCCCAAAUUAGACGAGUUCUUCUUCGACCGCCACCCCUCAGUGUUUUCCUUCAUCCUCAACUAUUACCGCACUGGGAAGUUGCACUGUCCCAACGAUGUUUGCGGCCCCCUGUUUGAAGAGGAGCUUGCCUUCUGGGGCAUUGAUGAGACGGACGUGGAGGCGUGUUGCUGGAUGAAUUACCGGCAGCACCGAGAUGCGGAGGAGGCGCUGGACAGCUUCGAGACACCAGAACCAGACGCUCCGGACGACGACCCGGCGCUUGGAGGUGCUGAUGGGGACUUGAAAAGACUGUGCAUGCAGGAGGACGCGAGGAAAGCUGGCUGGUGGAAAACCUGGCAGCCCAGAAUAUGGGCACUGUUUGAAGACCCGUAUUCAUCCAAAUAUGCCCGGUAUGUGGCAUUUGGCUCCCUAUUCUUCAUCCUCAUCUCCAUCUCCACUUUCUGCAUGGAGACGCAUGAGGCCUUCAACACCAUCAUCAACAAGACAGAGAGCGUCAUGGUGGGCAACGUGACACAUGAGGAGAUUGUAUACGAGGUGGUGACUGACAGCUGGUUGACGUAUGUGGAGGGCGUGUGCGUCAUUUGGUUCACCAUUGAGGUCCUGCUGCGAGUCACCUUCUGCCCAGACAAGUUGGAGUUCUUCAAAAGCACCCUCAACAUCAUCGACUUUGUCGCCAUCCUGCCCUUCUAUCUGGAGGUGGGCCUGAGUGGUCUCUCCUCCAAAGCUGCCAAGGAUGUCCUGGGGUUCCUCCGUGUUGUCCGAUUUGUGCGUAUCCUCCGAAUCUUCAAGCUGACCCGCCACUUUGUGGGUCUCCGUGUCCUCGGCCACACCCUUCGUGCCAGCACCAAUGAAUUCCUCUUGCUCAUCAUCUUCUUGGCCCUUGGUGUCCUCAUCUUCGCCACUAUGAUCUACUAUGCUGAACGAAUUGGUGCCGACCCAGAUGACCCAACAGCUAGUGCCCACACCAACUUCAAGAACAUUCCCAUUGGAUUUUGGUGGGCCGUUGUCACCAUGACCACCCUGGGCUAUGGAGAUAUGUACCCAGAGACGUGGUCAGGGAUGCUGGUGGGUGCGCUGUGUGCCUUGGCUGGUGUGCUGACCAUUGCUAUGCCUGUACCUGUAAUUGUUAACAACUUCGGCAUGUACUACUCUCUGGCCAUGGCCAAACAAAAGCUGCCCAAAAAGAAGAACAAACAUAUCCCCCGAGCACCUCAACCAGGGUCCCCCAACUACUGCAAGCCAGAUGCCCUGGCUAUGGCUACCGCAUCACCACAAAGGCUUCUGGGAAAUGUCCUGGGUGGAGUAAUGGGGUCUGGAGGCAUAGGGGGUGACUGUCCUCUCGCCCAAGAAGAAAUUAUAGAGAUUAACAGAGAUUCCAAGCAGAAUGGUGAUGCAGCCUCGGCUGCCCUGGCUAACGAGGACUGCCCCACCAUCGACCAGGUGCUGAGCCCAGACGAGAGGAGCCCUAUCGGGCGGGGGCCUACCCGGGAACGUUACCAGCAGGACCGUGCCUGCUUCCUGCUCAACACCAGGGAAUUUCGUGCCACAGAUGGGAAUGUGCGGAAAGAGGCAGCAGCCCUGUCACCCAGCCCAGACUCCCCUCUGACUGAGGAUUGGUAUAAGAUGGAAGGGUCUCUGUUACAGCAGGACCUCAAUGCAAACUCCACCUCCUCCUGGAUCAAACCAUAGACCAGAGUGUUAAGUUUCUAGCAUUCGCCUUCUCUCUAAUAAGGAGUCAGUAAGCGGUAAACACAAAUUUGCAGCGGGAGCCACGUAAAGCGACAGGUGUGACACGGAUGGACAGUUUAAAGGAGAUCUUUGGGGUGACAAGAGAGAGACCAGAGGUUAAUCAUGAAUUAAAAAAUCUUAUGGUCUGCUCCUCACGUUGUUACCAAAGCAGCCUCUUGGAACUCCGACCACAUUUUUUGACAACUGUCUGACUGACCUUUUUUUUUUUUUUUUUUUUUUUUCUCCUUUUUUUCGGCAAACUGACUGAGCAUUGCACUGACACACUUUGGGAGAGAAAAGGACUCCUGAUUACACAUUCCAGAUGACAUAUCUCUGACAACAUUAUACUCGCCAUCUUGUACGAUGACCAACUCAGUACCAUCUACAGUGCUGAACAACUGAGCAACUUCACAAGUUUCCGGGAAAAAAAAACAAACACUUGUCUUCACAAAGGACUGAAUGAACAAUGUAGCAUCUCUGCUAACAUAUUGUAGCAUUUGUUGGCUGGGAAAUAACUUACUUAAACCAUCAACGGUUUAAAGAGAGAGAGGAAUUUAUGCAUUCAAAGGAUCUUUUAGAUGUCAUUUUCCUCUUGGGUUCCUUUCAAGUGAAGAAAAGAAAACAUAGUACAUGAGAGACAAAGGAUUGGUCUUACUCUUGACAUUCCAAAAAAAAAAAAAAAAGAAAGAAGAUGCGCUAGAUACAAACAGUGCAUAUGAAAUCAAUCACAAAUGCACAGUAUUUACCAACAUCCAUACUAUAGUCCCUCAUUCAAGUUUAGCACUUGUAUAGCAUGUUUGCCACUGAACCUAUGUCUUCCAUUCAUUUCUAUCAGACUGAAACACUGCCCUCUUUACAAGUACUGAGAUAAUCAAAAACAGCACUAACUAUGAAGUCGAACAAAUGAAGCACAUGUAGCAUCAGCUCAAACUGGUCAUGUAUAGCAUUUACUGUACAUUUCGACUAAACUGAAACAUUCACCAUAAGAAAAUGGUGGAAAAAGACUUAUCUUUAUCUCUCAUGUACUGCCAUGGGCUUGCCCAGAAAUCCACGUGGGAUACCAAAGGUCCUGUAGCAUGCACUUGCUGAAUGACCUUCUGUAAUGUACAGUAGAUUAGGAGAACUAUACCAUUCAGGAUGAGGUUUGUACUCGCCCUCAUACUGGACAUUGCCUCUGUUUGGUACAAAAUCAAUCCUAAAAGAACUCAGUCCUUUAACUGCCACUAACAUCCCAUCCCUAUGUGCACAUUUAAACAUUACAAGUAUUUUUCCCAUGUCUGACUGACACAGUGCUCAGUCAUGAGGAGCGAAAAGACUGACUAAAGGAGACAAAGGUCCUAGAGACAAUUGUCAGUCUUUCUUCAAUAUCUUGGGAUAUUGGCCUGCCUAAAUUACAACGAAAAGAAAACAUUCCUACCACAAGAACACUUUUUAUGUCGCAUAAAAAUAUCCAUUAGCUGGAAAUUCUGUGUUAUCAUAUUGAAAGGGACCAAUCAGAUAAAUGUUCCCCCACCCCCAACGCAAAGGCCGACACUGCCAAUUAGGCUCAAGAAUUCCCAGAUGAAUACUGCCCCAUCUCUCUCUUGUCCCUCUUGCUGCCAACGACUGCUUCACAGGCAAGUCGAUGUCAAGUUAAGGAUGGCCCGUCAGGGGAGCCUUAGGCAAAGGGGAAAAUGAGAAGAAAUGGACCAAGAGUAGAACAAGUGUGGAAGUGUACAAAGAGAACAAAUCUAUAUUUUGAUAAACAAAUCAACUAUCCAUUGCUUCGGAAGAAGUUUCUGUGCAGAAAAGAUCCAGGUUCAAUGGAAGAAAGAAAAAAAAAAUCAGAUGCAAAUGUUAAUAGAAAAUUUGGCAUCAUUAAAUGGAGUCAUGGAAAAAGAUGGGAAGUGAAUAUUUUGUCAUGGGAGGUGGGCAAAGUUGUUGUCCCCACAAGCACCGGGAAAAUGUUUUUUUGAAAGACAUUGAGCAAUGACAAACUCUUGCCUAUAAAGACACGGGGGAUGACAAAGAAUGGACGCUGAGAUAAACAAAUAAAAAAAAAAGAUAAUGCAUUUUUGUAACUUUGUUUACCAGCAUGACUAUUUGCAUGACUGUCUUUUCUGCAAGCCCUUAGUUGAAGACAAGGGUGCUAGAGAUACAAAAAAAAAAAGUAUAUAUAAAAUGAAUUAAAAAAAUGUUAUAUGCAAUUAAUGUUUUAAAAAAAAGAUUAUAAUGAAAGAGAAGAGCUAUAUUUUGUUUUGAAAAGUAAAAAAAAUGUGAAUAUUGAAACAUGUAUGUUUGCAAAGUACACCCUGAACUAUGUUUUGUUUGAUGAAAUCUCUCUGCUUCUACUGCCCUACAUUCCUCAUUCCAGUGUUUUCGACCGCUGCCAUAGUUUUACUUUGUUAUGCAUUGAGCAGUAUAUUUUCCAACCCAUUCAACAGCUGUCAUUCCAACUUUGCCGAACUAUAGCAGUCGCGCAAAGGAUGUUUCUUGUUAAAAGUCUAUGUUUUCCUCCUUAAAUCAUUUGCACAACUACCGUAGCAGCAGCAGAAACAGCAGCAGCAGUUCUAAAACAACAGCUAUCCAUGCCACAACUUUGACUGCUUGAUUAGUACUCAUAGUUUGCUUUUUUCUUUGGCAAUAAUACAAGAGUUGUCACAUGAUUGUAGCAGGGCAAACGGAGAACCUCGAGAGUAUCUUCAACGCCUCAGUGUUAAAGAGAUUCGUAAAGGCCUUGGAUGUCUCAUGGAAGGAUUUUGCUGGGAUAGGCAGUUCUGUUCCGCUAGUCCUAAGGAGAAAAAUGGGAGUACAAGUGCAGGUUAUCCAAGACCAAUAACACAAAUAUACUAUACUGGCGAACAAUCAAGAGAGAUUUCAGGUUUGCAUGGAACCAACUGCCAUUCCAAAGUUUGUGUGUGGUUUAAAGGACUCAGGUGUGUCGAUGGUGUGUGUGGAUGUAGGUGUUUUGCUAUUUUCUUUCUAACAUAAUAAAUUCUAGUAUAUAGACGACGAUAAUGUGAACACCUCACAGUGAUGUGUAAAAAACGCAUGCAUAAUGACUUGAUAAUCUCUCGAGGGGGAACAGAGUCUUGACAUAUCCCCUUAGCCUCCUAUCAUUGUUUGUCAUGAUUCCAGUCUUGAUAACUAUGAACACUGUGCCGUGUCGUAGAGCAGAAACGUCUUCCUCUGAGAGGCAACUGAAAACUACUCACACUCACAAGUGUCAGCAUGAGUGUGUAGAGGUAGCUCGUCUUCGUUUUUUAGAUGGUCAGGUCUUUGCAUCCGUCAUUACCCAUGGAGUUACCGUCAUCCAGCUGGCUAGUUGGCAGCUCAUUACAGCACACGACACAGUCAUGUGAGCACCAAUCAAAGAGACCCAGAGCUUCCAAAAUGAUGUCAGUGAAGUACUUUUAAGUGUUGCAAGAAAGGGAGGAUGAGAGAUACCAGUGUCCACCGAGGGGAGAUUGAUGUAAAAAAAAAAAAAAAGGUUUGUUUAAAUAAAACCCAUCUCAUUGUUGAGUACUCUCCAAGCACCUCAACCUUGAUUUGGUAUUCAAAGUGAGUUUCAGGCCCUGCUGGUCCAGGGCUCAGCUCAGGCAGCUGAAUGGUCCUCGGUCCAUUCUUAGUACAUUGCAGUUGGAGGUUCACCAGAAUAUGAGACUCAAUUGUGUGAUGUUAACGAAAUAGACUAUUCAAGGUUUUAGAGGUUCUUGAACUUCUGUCUAUUUACAAAAAUGGUCCAUGGGAUUUUGUUUUGGUCCAGUAACUUUUUAAAAACUGCUGAUUUCAGUUCCCAUUUUGGAAGAUAUUAAGCAACUACGGCUUUGAUGGUCACAAAGAUGUUUAUGAACAUUUCAAAGGUAAACUUCUAGCAAUGGUGUGCACACUUGCAAAAACUUUGUGCUUCACCCAGCUGUUUGUGUUUUCAUGGCCAAGUACUGUCUUUUUUUUUUUUUUUUUUACUUUACUUAUUUUUCAUUUCCACAUUCUCCACAUUGUGACUGCUCUGCCAAAACCAGGCUGAAAAAGAUGUCUUUCCUUUUCUAUUGCAUAAUACUGCCAUUUGAUUUAGUCAUGUUGAACAGAAUGAGUUACAAUGUUGAGAGUGCUAAGUCUGUUUUACUUUUCUCAAGUUUGCAAUCUGUAACAUGUUAAAGAUUUCCUGUGUAACACUCACAUAACCAAAAUAAGAAAAAUGCUUUACACAGUAAGUAGGUGCCACUGUUAAGCUAACAGCUUCUAUGUGUUGUGACCAUAUUAUGACAUGUCCUGUCCAGGUGUUUGGAAGGUAUUAUGUGGUCUUUGGAUAACACAUCUUCAAUUAUAUCAUAUAUCAUAUAUUAUAUCAUAUUUAGUUUCUUAACAUGCCUGUUUCUGUUGAAUAUGUUUUUUAGUUUUGUUUUUUAUUGAGGACAUUGUAUGCAAUCUGCACCACGAAUGCCACUGAUCGACACUUAACUGUAUGCUCCCUGAGACACAGAUGUUCUGUCAUCAGUUCAGAUGAUUGCAACCACAUGUGUAGUGGCUUUAUGGCUUUCCAUAGAGUGACAUAGCAAUCAUACUAAUCUAAAAAUAUUUUGUUUUACAAAGUGAUAAGACCAUAAGAGUUGUUUUAGAGGAAAAGUUAUCAAACUUAACAGAUUUUUCUAACAUAUUAAAUAUAUUAUUUUAAUUAGAAAUAAUGUGACUAACACCACAAAAGUCAUAUCGAUAUAUACAUACAUCUAAUAUUACAUACUAACACCAUGCAUUUAUGUAAGCAUUCCAAAGAUAAAAGAUGUAUGUUCAUUUUACAUGCCAUCAAAUUGUAUAAAACAGACUUAGGUACUAGUCCAUUGUACUACGGUCUUAGUAGGAGAGUGAAUGGGGGGGAGGAGGUGGUUACUGGAGUAUCUGGUUGUGACUUAUGCCGGAUUUUAUUUUUGAAAUGUUGGAACACAAAGAACAACUCAUCAAGAACUGUAUAAAGUAUAUUUCAAUGGAAUGUUCAUGAUCUAUCUUUUUAUAUUUUGAAGAAAAAAUAGAAACAUAUCAAUAAAGUGUCAUAAUUGAA